UAGGAGGUCUACACAACAUCCGGGCAUUCCACCGCUUGCGCAGAAUCGGAAUGGCGGAGCUGUGCGAAUGGGCUCCAAGGACCACCGGCUCGGUCGUGUAGACAUUUUCCACCAGGGCUAUGUGGGGCCGCUGGAGGCCCUUCCCCGGGCAACCACGUUCCUAGAGGAGCAGGACAGGAGCCUGGAGGCCCUGCGGAGGCAGGCGAUAAAGAUGGCAACCAAGUCCCAUGCAGGUGGUGAGAUGCCCCUAGAGCAACUGCUGGCACUUUAUGGGUACAACAUGCCUGAUCCUGUCCUGCAACAACAACAGGAGCCGAAUGAGCUGGCAGCCAGUCUGCCUGAAAUGACACUGGACAAGGUUCAGAUAGGUAAAGCUCUACUCUCAGGAGGGGAGGAUGUGGACAGCCAUUCCUCUGCUGAUGACCUCACACUCUCUGUCACGUCUCAUUCAUCUGACCUCUUACAGUGUCACCUAAGAGGUGAUGACAAAGACACUUCAGUCAGCUGCUCCGAAGAUGACUCAGAAAGCACCUCGAUCCCCUCCAGUGAUGGCCACAAGGACAUCAUGGUGGGCCCCCAGUAUCAGGCUAUAAUUCCUUCUCUCUGUACACACACUUUUUAUGAAAGAGCCUAUGAAAAUGAGGACCAGUUAUUGUGGACCCCAGAUGUGUUGUCCAGUCUGGCUGUAGAGAAGUUUUUGCUUGAAGUCCAGAGAAAAGGGAGUGACGACGGACCUACAAACACUUUGACCACAGGAGAUAUAAUCAAAGACAAUGACCAGGCUCUAUAUGAACUAGUGAAAUGCAAUUUCAAUGAAGAAGAGGCACUAAGAAGAUAUCGCUUUAAUGUCAAGGUUUCCAAUGAAGAGCUUUGUGGCUGGAGUGAGGAGGAGUGUCGUAACUUUGAAUAUGGUUACCGUGCCUAUGGCAAGAACUUCAACCUCAUACAGGCCAACAAGGUCCGCACGCGCUCAAUCACAGAGUGUGUAGAGUACUACUACAUGUGGAAGAAAUCAGAGCGGCAUGAGUAUUUCACACAGCAGGCCACCAAGCUGGGUCGGAAAAAGUGCAAUCUGCCAUCUGGCAACAUAGAAGAUGCUGGGCCAGAUGGAAAUACUGGUGAUUUGGAAGGUGCCACUCAAGGUUUGCCAAUUAGGACUUCCAUUCAACUCCAACCUCCAUCGCCACCUGCAGUCAUGGAGCUGGAUAAACAAGAGGACAGCCUGAAUUGUGCAGCUCAGUUUCAUGGUCGGCCACGACGGAAACGCACGUCGCGCUUCCUAUUAAAGCCCUGAGCUUCCAGCUCACUGACAGCCUAAAACUGACAGAUACACAGGUAAAA